CUCUAUAAAUGCGCAGGGAUCGGGCAGGGAGGGAGAGGUACGCGCCUCGGCCAUGCGCUUUGUUCCUGAUCCUCAGCCUCGUGGGCCGCCGGAGCGCAGGCUCCACAUCUGCGCGCCGACCUCUCUCAACUGGAGCCCCAGCCUAACACGAGCCCAGCCCAACCAGAAAGGCUCCCCUGCUGCACUACCCCCUGCCAAAGAAAGCCCCAGCCGGCGUGGAGGAGAGGCAGCAGCGGCGACGGCAGAUCUGCGGACUCAGGAAAUGUUCGUCGACCGUCCACCAUGCCCGACCAUCUGGGUGAAAGCAGGCACGUUGUCUGGGGAGCAAGAGAGCCCGAGUGCCACCUCCUGUGAAUCUGCCUCUGCUCAGUCUGCAGAGAUUGAGGCUCAGCAGCUGCGCAGAGGACACAGCAUCUUCACCUUGGAACAGCUCUGCCAGUUGGAGAAAACCUUCAGUGAGAAACAGUAUCUGAGGAGUGAGGAAAGAAAAGAACUGGCUGCUUCUCUGCACCUAAGAGACUUGCAGGUCAGAGUCUGGUUCCAGAACCGCAGGAGGAAGCAUAAGCAAGAGAUAGAAGACCACUACCAACGCAUCCAGGCUUCGCUGUCUUAUUCUCUAGUUUACAAAUAUGGGAUCCAAUCCAGACUGUUCCACGGGUUUCCCAUAUAUCCUCAUAUUCUACCCCAGCAAAGGCUUCUGCCUUUUUUACCAGCUUCUGACUUGCAGUCCAUUUCUUCCUGCUCGUUGUACCAUCAAAUACCAAACCCAUUUUAUCCACUGCUAACACCUGACCUGCCUUAUUUUUCUGCCUCAAACCUCAGUGCCUCCCAUUAUGCACUCUGAAAUAGACUAUAAACCACCUUUUCAGACUCCUAAAUAUGGAGGUAGAAAGGUUUUACAGGAUUCUGCUCAUAAAGAGUUUUGAUUUAUUGUACUAAAUAAAGGCUUUGAUUUCUUGCAGAGUA